AAAAACUGAUAGUACUGAAAAGUAAAGAUAAAUUAUAAUAUUAUUAUGAUUUGAGUUUUCCGAAUUUCCUAUUUCCUAAUAUUAAUAUUGAUUUGCAAUUUGCCGAUACCGACGGGUAUUGCAAGGUAUUCACAUUAGUUCAAAUUCGAAUAUUCUCGCGAUCCAGCUUUGAACGGGACUGGUCAUGUUUUUGAUAGAUUAUAUGUAAUACAUUACAUGUCUAUCAUACACACUCAAAACUUAACUGAACGAAUUUUAUUCAACUGAUUGCGCUAUAUUGAAAAGCUAUGGCUGCUGAAAGAGAACGCCGUUCGAAUGCUGGUAACAAACUAGCACGUUUAUUGGACGAAGAAGAAGCUGCAGAUGAUGAAUUUUAUAAGACUACCUACGGUGGGUUUAAUGAAGACGAGGAAGACAAUGAUUUUCAUUUUGUCGAUGAAGAAGCCCCAGAUGAAGUUGAUUCAGAUUUCAGUAUUGAUGAAAAUGAUGAAGUGAUAUCAGACGUCGAAGAUGAAGAACAAACUCAAAAAAAAACAAAUAGAUACCAAGAACCUAAAGUACCAAAACCUGUUGAGCAAAAUGAAGCUCCAAAAAGAAAACGUUCCAGAACAGAAAAAGUGGUGGUGGCGGCUGAGACGUCAUAUGAGCGAAAGUCAAUACGUCAAUCAACAGCAGUUAAGUCUCAGGAAACAAUAGAACGUAUCAAAGAACGUGUUAGUAAAAUUAAACGAAAUAAACCAAUGCCUCCAGAAGAAAUGCCUUCACAGCAAGAAUUGUUGGAAGAAGCAAAACUCACAGAAGAAGAGAAUUUAAAAUCACUAGAGAAAUUUGAAAAACUAGAAUUGGCUAGAAAACAGACAAGAGCUAAACCACGUGUCACAUACUUGACAUCUGUUAAAUUUCUUAGUAAAGCAUAUCCAUUGUUUACCGAAGACGACAAUAUAAACAUUGAAUGUGAAGAACAUGACAUGAAACGUGAACACCGUGAAUAUUUCGAGCGCACUUCCAUCACAGUGAAUGAACCCCAUGAGUUUGAACGAAUGUUCCCCAGAAAAGUAGCCAAACCGAUUAAACCACAUAGACAGUGUGUAUUUACUGAAGAUUAUGCCAGAUACAGGGAUCCUUUGACCGGUCACCCUUAUAAGAAUCAAAAAAUAUUUUCAAUAUUAAGAUCUGUAUACUCUAUGCAUUUAGAUGAAGCCUUUGUUAAAAAAUAAGUUUAUAAAACACAAAUUUUAACUCUUAGAACUACUCUUACAAAUUAUAGUAUUAACUUGGUAAUAACUAAGUUGUAUUAUAAUUCAUUAUUUUUAUACUUAAAUGAUAACUUAUUGAUCAUUAACAAACAUUUAAAAAUGUUUUUUUUCAUUGAAAUAUAUUAUGAUUUGGCCUAU